GUCGAAUUUCCAUCUAAGCGUGAUUUUGCCAAAGGAGGCAGAAUGGGCAGAAAAUGGGACAAAGAUGGACUUGAAGUGCGUGGCCUGCGGAAUGGUGGAUCUGGUGGUGAAGGGAUCAAAGUGCGCAGCAAUGGUGGAUACAGGGGUGGAGAUGAAUAUCAUCAAGGAAGCUGAUGCACUCAGGUUUAUUGGCAGGUUGAAGAUAGACCGCUCGGAUUGUGGAACGGCGUCAAACGUACUCAUUGAGAUUGGGAGAGUAAAGGCCAGAGCUUGCUUCUUCGUCAUGCCGGACGUGGAUCAUGCCAUCGUCCUAGGGAGGUCGUUCCUAUGUAGGACGGAGACGUUGAUGUUCAACAAACAUGACGAAACUUUGAUCCUGAUCCUGUGUGGGCCGGCAUGCGGGAACUAUGAAAUAGUUACUUGYCGGAACACAGRCCCACGAAGUAUAAGGAACCGGCCUAACCCUGGUUCAUUCACGGUUGAAGAGUCCGAGGACGAGCGUCRGAGACUCUGUGAGGAACCAGAACAGGARACACAGGAGGAGGUGUUUUYCCUCAGCCUAUCCGAUGUAAMCAAGGCCAUGGAUGUAGUGGCCACWUAUGAGAUGGUGGAUCCAGACGCCAUUCAAGCACUGAGGGAACAGGUUCUGAAAUGUCCCCAGGYUGGGGAGGUAGAGCUUGUCAAAUGGCUUCCGGGCGGAAGGAGGGAUCCUGCAAUGAUGCAGGCGCAAGCGAUGGUCAGCUCGUACAUCACUCAGACGUACAUUGACGACUUGGCGGUAAAGGGGCCGAGAGAGAAGGAGAAUGACGAAGUCUUGCCAGAUGGAUAUGAGCAGAAGGCAGAGCUCGUGCUUAAGCCUUUUGAGGACGAGGACUCAUGGGGCGGUAAAAAUGUCCAAUGGAUGAUGAAGUUGACGCUGACAGGCAUGCAUAGUCUGGUAGAGGAGGUAAAAACGAUAGAAGAAGGGUCGGACCAAGUAGCGAAGCACAAGGAAUUGGUAAAGGGAAUUGACCUCCUCGUCAAUACGCUUCUGCAGGAGAAUUUUGAUGAAGUAAGCGACCUGAAUCCGACUGAGAAUGAAGAUAUUGCGUCGGACAACCAGGAUGACGAGUUUGAGGAAGGAGAUAUCAAAGAGGCGUUUCGUGUAGAGGAGUAUGAUGGGAUCUACCUGGAGCUGAGACUUUCUCGUAUAAUGUGAGAUGCAAGAUAGGGAUGCUAGCGAAAGGGCUCAAGA